AUGCCCCUGCCACCCAUAAGACUGCCCAGCCCCUAUGGCUCUGAUCGGCUGGUACAGCUAGCACCCAGGCUCCGGCCAGCCCUAUGUGAUACCCUGAUCACCGUAGGGAGCCAGGAGUUCCCGGCCCACAGUCUGGUGCUAGCAGGUGUCAGCCAGCAGCUGGUCCACAGGGGCCAGUGGGCUCUGGGAAAUGGCAUCGGCACUUCCACCUUUGCCAAGCUCCUGCACUUUGUGUAUGGGGAGAGUGUAGAGCUGCGGCCUGAGGAGCUAGGACCCCUUGAGGAGGUGGCCAGGGCCUUGGGCAUACGGUCCCUGGAAGAGGCAUACUGAAGGGCUCGAGGAGACAGGGCUAAGGAGCCAGAUCCAGGCCUGAAGAAACACCAGGAGAAGCCAGAGAAACCCUCAUGGAAUCCUGAGAGAAAACUGGGGGACCAGAAGCAGAAACCAGAGCAAGCUUCUCCAACUGGUGGGAGAGAACAGAUAUUGCACAAGCAGGCACCACCAAGAGGCACCUCCGAGAAGGCAGGAACAGCGCAGGAGGCUCAGGGGGAGCAGAUGAGGUCAAAGGAGAACCGCCUCCAAGCCCCUGUUGGCCAAAGGGGAGCAGAUGGGAAGCAAGGAGUGCUCAUGUGGGUGAGGGAGAAUCCAGGGGGCUCCAAGGAAAGUCUAUGGGAGUUCCCUAGCCCCUUUCCCCCAGUAGGCGUCCCCCAAACCAGCGUCACCCCCAGGCUCCGGUGGGCUGAGGCCUCUUGGCUGGUGGGGGACCAGCCUGCCCUGUGGAGCAUCCUGCUGGUGCCGCCUGGAUAUGGCACUCCCUUCUCCCACAGCGCCCCCACCACUGGAGCCUGGCAGGAGGUCUGGCAGGACCACAGGAUCCCACUGUCCCUAAAUGCCCCCAAAGGGCUCUGGAGCCAGAACCAGUUGGCCUCCUCCAGCCCCACCCCGGGUUCCCUCCCCAAGGGCCCCACACAGCUCAGCCCUGGGGAGAUGGAAGAGUCUGAUCAGGGGCACACAGGUGUACCUGCAACCUGUGCAGGUCAUGAGGGCAAGGCAGGCUGCCCACCUCGCCCGCACCUUCCCCCAGCCCCUCCUGCUCGAUCUCGGCCCUACGUGUGCUCUGUCUGCGGAAAGAGGUUUUCACUCAAGCAUCAGAUGGAGACGCACUACCAAGUCCACACAGGAGAGAAGCCCUUCUCCUGUAGCCUUUGUCCUCAGCGCUCCCGGGACUUCUCGGCCAUGACCAAGCACCUGCAGACGCACGGGGCUGCUCCGUACCGCUGCCCCCUGUGCGGGGCCGGCUGUUCCAGCCUGGCCUCCAUGCAAGCGCACAUGCGCAGCCACUCGCCCAGCCAACUCCCGCCCGGAUGGACCAUCCGCUCUACCUUCCUCUACUCCUCGAGACCGUCCUGGCCCUCGAUCUCUCUCUGUUGUCCCCCUUCCUCCACUACCUGA